AUGGUCGUUCCGGGACAAACAUUUCCGGGCCUGCCCAGCCAGAGGGCUACAGCCGGUUUCUUCUAUUUCUCCCAGCGGCGGUUCCUUACAAGGCGGAGCGGCUGGGAUGCAGAGGUUUUGAGCAUGGAGGAGCUACGGGGAACGGCAGAGAACGUGGAGAGAGCGGUAGGGGAGGCGCUGACAGCAAGGAGCAUCGCCAUCGACUACUACAGGCACGGGGGACCUCCCGACCUCUGUUGCCUGGAGAAGCAGUACCAAAGAGCAUGGCUGCCCACCGACGUGGCGCCGCUACCCCCCCAGGGGUACUAUCACUGGGUGGUGGGGGCAGACUGCUCCUGCCCGGCUGCAGUCUCGACCUACUUCGACAUGCUGGCGAGGAACCUGACGAUGCCGCCAUGGUACGCCAGCGGCAGCUAUAAUGUCACAAAGGCUACCUUCUGCAUGUACAACCCAUUUCGCAGAGUGGAUGUGCGGUGUGAAGCUACCUUCCCUGGGAAAGUUCGGACCUUCUACGUGGACGGCAAGGGCGACGUGAAGGAGCCAGUGGACGACGAGAUCUGGGAAGAAGCCUUCCUGGGGUCGUGUCUCCGGUCGAUCCACCGGGCUCCCAACCUGCCGUGCAUCAAAGUUCUCGCUCCCAUGUCGUUGACGAUCGAGAAGAAGUUCAUCCAGCUCGCCUCGAAGCACUUCUGGAAGAGCAACGUCCUCGGCAACUCCACUGAACACCCUCAGCACGACUUUGCCUACAACUGGAUGUCAGUGACUAUGUCUGACUUCUUCCGUGAGAACCAACGCCCCGAGGCUGCCGUUGACUUCUUCCUCCCGCUCGCUGCCCGCGAGCCUGCUCUGGCAGUUCAUGUGUCGGACGCCUUCCUGAGACUCCAGGACGCGGCGCGUGCUCAUGCUCUGCUGGACGACUCGAUCACUGCCUCGGGCAAGCAGUUUGUGCUCCUCCUCAAGAAGUGUGAGGUCCUCCUGGCCGAGGGCAAGAUCACCAAGGCGAUCGCAGUGGGGGAGGAGGCCGUGGUGGAGUCAGGAGGAGACGUGUCUGGCUGGCUGCUGCUGGCAGAAGCUUACUUCAAGCUCAAGGCCGUGGACAUGUCGCUGGUCAUGCUGAACGAGGCCCCGAUCAAGCCCUACAAGCCCUUUCCUCAGAUCGGCAUCCCCAAGAUGAACGUGAGGACCAAGGCCUGGGUGCCGAGCAACCCCAACAUGCUGCUGAUCAGCCGCAUGCCGGGAGACAUCGACGAGUACGGCGACGAGUUCGAUGACUUCCUCCAAGUUCACCAUCCCAAACCCGAGCCGCUUCCUGGAGAGCUGUUCGAAGGAUACUGGAAGAGAGCGUUCGACCUGUUGGUGGACAUCAUGAACUCUAUCGGAUGGGAUGAGCUGCUCGAGGCGAGGGCGAGAGUGUUCCUCAUGAAGGAAGACGUCGACAAGAACGCUGACCGAUCCACACACAAGGACGUGCAAUCAAAGGCUGACAAGAGGCCCAAGGAUGGUGGCAGGAGCCCCGCUGCAGCCAACGGCAAGGUUGCCGAAGAGAUCCAGCCAGAGCAGGGCGAAGCCGGAGCUCCAGGGUUGGACGGCAACGAAAAAAGUCAGCCGAAGGAGGAGCGAGAGGCGGCUGGUGGAGAAGGAGAGACGAAGGAAGUCUCUGAACAGGCUGAGGCUGCGGGCGAAAGCCCAGCAGGGAAGGAGUCAGAGGAAGGAGGUCAAACAGGGGAGGAGGGAGAGGGCGGAGAGGACAAGGGACAAGCCGGAGCUCCCGUAGCGGUGACGGGAGGGAACUUUGGAGGAGAAGCAGACGAGAAGGCAGCAGUAGGAGCGGAGAACGGAGAGGAUGGAGCAGCAGCAGCGGCGGCAUCGUCAGAAGGUGGUGACAAGGUUGUCGGGCAAGCAAGCAAGCAAGUUGCUUCCCCCACAGCAGGAAAGCAGGCUGCAUCCUCUUUGCCCGUCAAUGGCUCCUCGUGUGCCGAAGGCAACGAGGUGGAGGGGGAGAAGCUGAAGAGCGCAGCAGCUGGUCAAGGCUCGAGGAAGAGAGUCUGCCGUCCCUGGCUUGACACAGUCUUCCAUGCGGUCUACGAAGACCUCAAGGCCUACUACGCGUGGCUCUCCGAGGAAGAGAAAUUUGCCAACAUGAAUCCCGAAAGCAUGACAGAGGAGGACAUCGAGGAUCAGGAGGUCUCUUUCGACGAAUGGAUGCACCGGGGUGCCAUAGCCCGCAGGCUGCAGAACCUCUCGGAAGCCGAGCGAGCGCUGCGAGCGGCCGCUGCCAUGUCCAACAGCGCGAUAGCAUGGGAUCAGCUGAUGCAGAUGUACGCCGAGGAAGGAUGUCUCAAGGAGACGCUGGUGGCUGCCCACGAGUUCAUCGACUGCUACGACAUCUACGGCGCCUCUCCCGUCCCUCCUGCUCCUGUUCAAGUCAGGAGGGCCAUCUUUCUCCUCGUUAGCACCCACGGGCUGCAGAAGGUGAGGGACGCGCAGGACAGCAUCGGGGUGGCUCAUCCAGUAAUCAACGACUUGUUCCACUUCAUCGUUCGCUCCCGCGUCCAUGGGUUCGCCAACUGA